CCCAUUUCAAAUGACUUUUUGAUUCGCUGAUGAAAUGUAUGGUGAUUGCAGUGAAAUGAACACAAGUUUUUAGUGUAAGUGAGUUAAAAUGGGUGACAAUCUCGCCCAAUUCGCCUCCGGCGAUUUUAAUCUGAACGAAUUAGCUGGAAUUGAAGAUAUACUGAGUCACUGCGAAAGUGAACUGUUGAAGCCCGAAGGGCUGUUCGAAGAUGACGCGUUGUUGUCACAGUUCGACUCGCAAAUUCCCAUGGAUGAAAUUCCAUUUGAUUUCAUGGGUGGGAUGGAAAAUGGAAUUGAAGGGCAAUUUAUGGACACACAGCCAGUGCAGGCGGUAAAUCCGCAGAACGUAUUUUCGACCACGCCUCAAGUCUUGCCAGCCUAUGAGAACUCUCCAGUCCUUAAUCAAAAAUCAAACCAAGUUGUGCCUAAUGUCCAGGUCAAAAAUGUACAAGUGCCUCUCCCAAAUCAGACUGCAGUGAUAAUCAGCUCUGCAAAUGUGUCGACACCACAGAAGCUUGUCUAUAGUUUGCCUGUGCAAACAAGCCAGCAUAUUAUUUUGCAGCAACAGCAGAAGAAGUCAACAAGCCAGGCAAAGACUCAACCCCUUUUGGUACAAAACAUUGGACAUGUCCAAUCAGAAAAUAUGCCUCAGAUCAUAAAACUUAUCAAAUCUGAGGCACCUGUCACACAACCUACAGUUAUGUACACUACAAACACAUCUCCACAGGCCUCUUUACACACCCUUUUAAACAACAAUCAGAUCUUGACCACCACAAGCAUACCAUUUGUGUUGGAUGCUGAAAAAGUGCCUAUCAACAGGAUGCCUCCCCAGAAGGAAGUUAAAGUUAAAGAGGUGAAGAGAAGUGCCCACAAUGCAAUUGAGAGAAAGUACAGGACAAGCAUAAAUGAUAAAAUUGUUGAGCUGAAGAAUAUUGUUGUUGGUGUUGAAGCCAAGCUUAACAAAUCGGCGAUUUUGAAGAAAACUAUAGAGUACAUAAGGUUCUUACAAAACUCGAAUGCCCGCCUCAAACAAGAAAAUAUGGCCCUUAAAAUGUCUGCUAAUCAAAACACAUUAAAACAACUCCUUACCACCGGAAACGAAGUCAAAUAUUCACCCCAAGAUACUCCACCGCAUUCGGACGUUUCGUCCCUGUCGCCGACGCAUUCGCUUCCUUCCAGUCCGGAAUAUUCCCAGAACAUCAAAGAUGAAAGCGACGAGGAGAGUAUUGGCUUGAUGAAGGGAAUGAUGGACCAGUCCAAACUUACGUUGUGCAUGUUUAUGCUUGUUAUGAUCACGUUCAACCCCUUCGGCGCCUUGUAUAAUAAAGUGGCGCAGGUUACAACAGGCGAAUCCUACAGUGUCAGAGGAAUAUUAUGGAACGAACAGAACAGCAUGCCGAUAUCCACGUCAACGAUCUUGCUUUCCUUCGUUAAUUUCAUAAUAUUAGGAAGUUGCCUGAUAAAAAUGUUCGUGUAUGGUGAUCCGGUCAUACCGAGUAAGUCAAAGGAAUCUCAGAAGUUCUGGCAGCACAGACGGCAGGCGGACAUUUACUUAAAGGAGGGCGACAGAAUGGGUGCCAAACAGGAACUGUUGAGGAGUUUACAAACUUACGGUAUCGCCCUGCCGACCAGUCGUAUAGAAUUGUUCUUGUGCUUUGGAUGGCAGCUGUUCCGGCAAAUUAUGCACCGGUUGUGGAUUGGAAAAUGGUUGUCUAGGCAUACUGGAGGCUUCAUGGUUGAUGGGGUGACAAGACACGAGGCGUUGAAUUCGUGCAAAGAAUUGGCUUUGGUGUUCAACGAUUUGCACAAGAUUCAGCUGAUGGGAGGCUCGGAUGAAACGUGUCACCUCUUCGGAUUGACAACAUCUCUCAGUGCUUUAAACAUGGCCGAAGCUGCGAACGGAAGAAUCAACGUUAUUAACAUGAUCGAUAUUUAUGUAGGCGUGGCGUUGAGAGUCAAAGCUAGUUUCCCGUCUUUUCUGUAUCCAAUUCAACUGUAUUAUUUGGGUUUGGCCAAAUUGUCGUCCACUAAUUCGUGUGAUCCAAUUCCGGCUAGACUACAGUGGAUAUUCACCCCUACCGGAUAUAAAUUUUUCGUCCAGUACAAACAUUGCAAAUACGCCAGGGAUUUACCGUUCACUUCUAUGAGCCCAGUGGUCGAUCCAUUAGCGACCAAACUUCGAUAUUAUAGAGAAUAUUUGUUGGAAAGUGCGCUGAAAAUCCUAGUAGCACCCGGCUCCAAAAGUGACGACAAGAAAACCGAAAUCGGCGACGUUUUGAGCUACAUUAAAUUACUGGAAGACAGUCUCUCGGUUGACCCCAAGGAAAUAUUCGGCUCCAAUUCAGGUCAAAACUAUCGUGACCAAGUGGCCGAAUGGUGGACCGCUUUCAUUUCGGUGGCCUGCUAUUGGUUGCUCGGCGAAGAUGCGGAGGCGGAAAGGACGUAUAAGAAGUUGGAAACGGUGCCGGAACCGCUGACUUCCACGGAUCAUCCGGUGCCGAAAACUGUCAUAACGGCUUACAUCGCCAGAAAGAAUUAUCUAACUGAGGGUGGGCAUAAAAAGGCUAUGCAAAAAUGCGAGUUGGCCAGUCAAAUGUUGGCCGACAGCAUCGCCUAUUCCAGCUGCAAGAAGAAAGAUAAAAUGGUGACGAUGGUACAAUUGGUGAUCUGCGACUGGCUCCUGGAAACCCGCACCGCAAUCUGGGAGGACAGCGUGGACGCCGGCAUGACCGGACCAGUUUCCAGCCACUUUUUGUCAGCCUUCCAAAAGGACCUGCACUCGCUGCGAUCGCUGGCGGAAUUGAUGCCGUCGGCGCUCUCGCGGGUUUUCCUUUACGACGCGACGGCAAGAUUAAUGGCCGGAGCGGCGCCAGGUAGGACGCAGCAAAUGUUGCACAGGAGUUUGAGACACCGGCAUGCCAGAACGUCGAUGAUCUGCAAGAAGGGGGAUAAGGAUGAUUCUGUGAACGGCACGGAACGUCAGCAUGCUGCCGCUCUUUACAUGGCGUGCAAACAUCUGCCGGGACAGUUGUUGUCUUCGCCGGGUGAAAGAGCUGGUAUGCUUGUCGAGGCGGCGAAAACGUUGGAGCGGAUUGGAGACAAGAAGAAGCUGCAGGAUUGCUACAAACUGAUGAAAGCGUUGGGUACUAAUGCUGUUACUAAUUAAGUUUGAUAUUAAUUAUAAUUACGUAAUUAACUUUUAAUUUUAUGAUUGUUAAAUGUUUAUAUUAGUUGUGAUACAUUGUGACGCAAUAUGUUUUAGUUUUGUAAGUAUUUAUUAAUGUACAAAUUUUUAUAUAAUACAACGUAUUUUUAUAAAGAAUAAAGUUUUGUAUUCUUGAGA